UCAAUCGGAUAAGAGCGGCUCGAGGAGCUGCAGCCCGAGCAACACGCAGCCACGAGAGCGCACACCUUUAUGUUUAUGUUACCUGAGAGUAAACAGCGGCAACAACAACCAAGUAAGGGACGUAACUGGGCUCCGCGCGGUCGUUUGACCGAGUUUUCACCGGGUGCGGGGCACCGUUUUCCACGCUGCCAGAGAGGAAAAAAACCCUGCGCAUUCCUCCACGCAGAGAGGGGACCGAGCGCCGGACUGAACGGGCGAGGGGGUCUGGAAGCGGCCCUCUUCACAAGCUGGACCGCUGAACUCACUCAUACUCGUCCUGUGUGCUGUUUGGGCUGUGCUGGAGACUCCGUGGGUUUGUUUUAGAUGACACGCAGCAGCCAUGAGCUCGCUGCUUUGAUGAAUAAUUUACGGUCUCGCGGUCCGAGGCUCGCGCUGCGACUCCCAGCCGACCGCUGGCUGCGCCCGACGGCGCCUGGAUGGGCCCCGAUGGUGGACUAGCGAGAAAAGCCACAACACGGGCCUGAAUUGGAGAGCAAGAAAAUAAAACACAAUUUAAUUUAAUCAUUUGAUACUCCUCUGGGUGUCUGUUUUGUAGCGCAGAGCCUCGUAGUCAUGUUGCCCAGUCGGUGGGGGAGGAGAGACGGAGCCCCCAGUAUACUUCGAUGCCGAUCCAGUGUCACUCCAGUUUCGGGUUUAUUUUAUGAGCCUCCACGAAACACCAUCGGACACUUGGUGUUGUCAUCUUUCUAGUCUUAUUUUGAAAGAGUGACGCGAAUGCUUCACAAACGCCUUACAUAACUGAAUUGAUAUGGUCUUAACAGCCGAAGUAUUUUCUUUUUGUUACCUCAGAAACAAUCUUUGAAGAACUGCCUACCUCAUUGUUUCACAUCAGGUCAGAGUUAUAUAAUACAGAUCUAAGUCUGUAAGUCGAUGAGCACCGUUUUCACUGUUAAACUGACUUUAAUACCUCAUGAAUCUACCUCAAAUACAACUUUUUUUUCUCUAAAUAACACAACGGGCCGAUGUGUCCCCUAAUAAAUACCUCAACAUCAUCGUUGCGCAUGUUGUAAACUGAGCUUCUGUGUUUCGGCAAAGCUGCAGAUGGCUUCGUUUCCAGACUCGGACCUGCAGACCUGCCCGCUCUGCAAGGAGCUGUGCGGCUCCUCUGCUCCUAUUUCCUCCAGCUCUUCUACCUCAUCAUCUUCUUCACAUACCUCGUCCUCCUCCAGCCAGACCACCAGGAGGCUCCACGUCCUGCCCUGCCUCCAUGCCUUCUGCAGGCAGUGUCUGGAGGGCCAGCGCAGCCCCGGGGACCCGCUGAAGCUGCGGUGCCCCACCUGCGACCAGAAGGUGUGCAUCUCCGAGGCCGGAGUGGACUCUCUGCCUUCCUCCAACUUCCUCUUCAGCAACCUGCUGGACGUGGUGGUGAGCUCAGAGGAGCAGACUCAGAACAAGAACGGCCACCACCAUCACCGGGGAGGCUUAGGUGGAGGUUCUUCUGGCUUCCAUCACCCUCAUGUAAGCCUGCUGCACCCGAACCACCUGGGAGAACCUCAGUGCAGCUCCUGCGACGAGGAGAACCCAGCCACGUCCCACUGCCUUGACUGCCAGGAGUAUCUUUGUGACAACUGUGUGCGGGCACACCAGAGAGUGCGGCUGACCAAGGACCACUUCAUUGAGCGCCUGGGGGAGAACCUCCACCUGGGCCGGAUCAACGUCAACAGCAACCCGGGCCAGCCGGGGGUGUCGGUGUCCCUUGCCCAGUCCCUGCAGAACAACUUUGCCCUGCUGUCCCUGUUCCAGGACCACAUGAGCUUCUGCCAACACCACGACAAUGAGGUGUUUCUGUUCUUCUGUGAAUCCUGCUCGGUGCCUAUCUGUAGAGAGUGCAGCGUGGGCCGUCACAUGGGCCACACCUUCGUUUAUCUACAAGACGCUGUGCAGGACUGCAGGGCCAUCACCAUCCAGCUGCUGGCAGACGCUCAGCAGGGACGGCAGGCUGUGCAGCUGAGCAUGGAGAAGGUCCAGGCCAUGGCGGAGCAGGUGGAGAUCAAAGCCAAGGUGGUGCAGAGUGAAGUGAAGGCUCUUGUGCUCAGACACAAGAAAGCGCUGGAGGAGAGGGAGUGUGAACUACUGUGGAAGGUGGAGAAGAUCCGUCAAGUGAAGGCCAAGUCUCUGUAUCUGCAGGUGGAGAAACUGCAUCAGAGUCUGACCAAGUUGGACAGCACCAUCGCUGCCGUCAGCCAGGUGCUGGACGAGGGCCGCCACCUGGACGUGCUGCUGGCCAGGGAGCGAAUGCUCACCCAGAUCCACGAACUGAAGGCUCUGAGAGGCCUGCUGCAGGCGCAGGAGGACGACCGCUUCAUGUUUACCCCUCCAGACCAGGCUCUGUACAUCGCCAUCCAGUCGAUGGGACUCAUCAGCAGCGGAGCCUUCGCCCCCGUCACCAAAGCCCAUGGCGAGGGCCUCAAAAGUGCGCUUCGUGGCAAGCCUGCCUCCUUCACUGUGAUUGGAUACGACCAUGACGGGGAGCCGCGUCUCUCCGGCGGGGACACGGUGUCUGCGAUCGUCAUGUCGGUUGCCGAUAGCAACCUGUCUGCAGGGGAGGUGACGGACCACCAGAACGGCUCGUACACCGUCAGCUACCUGCCCAAGUGCGAGGGCGAGCACCUGGUGUCGGUGUUGGUGUGUAACCAGCACAUCCAGGGCAGCCCCUUCAAGGUCCUGGUGAAGUCGGGGCGGAGCUACGGGUCCCUGGGCUCCCAGGUGUCCUCCUUCGGCUGCGAGGGGGAGGGAGAUGGUCAGCUGUGUCGUCCCUGGGGCAUCAGCGUGGACAAGGAGGGAUACGUGGUGGUGGCCGACCGCAGCAACAACCGCAUACAGAUAUUCAAGCCUUGUGGUGCCUUCCACCAUAAGUUCGGCUCUCUUGGUUCUCGGCCCGGUCAGUUUGAUCGUCCAGCGGGGGUGGCAUGCGACAGUCAGAGAAGAAUCAUUGUGGCUGAUAAGGACAAUCACCGUGUGCAGGUGUUUACUUUUGAGGGCCAGUUCCUGCUGAAGUUUGGGGAAAAGGGUACCAAGAAUGGGCAGUUUAACUAUCCCUGGGAUGUGGCUGUCAACUCCGAGGGGAAGAUCCUGGUCUCCGACACCAGGAACCACCGCGUGCAGCUCUUCGCCCCCGACGGCUCUUUCCUCAACAAGUACGGCUUCGAGGGGGCCCUGUGGAAACACUUUGACUCUCCCAGAGGAGUGGCCUUUAACCACGAAGACCACCUGGUGGUGACCGACUUCAACAACCACAGGCUCCUGGUCAUCCGGCCGGACUGCCAGUCCGCCCGUUUCCUGGGCUCCGAGGGCACCGGGAACGGGCAGUUUCUGCGGCCGCAGGGCGUGGCCGUGGACCAGGAGAACCGCAUCAUCGUGGCCGACUCCCGCAACCACCGAGUCCAAGUGUUCGAGCCCAACGGAAACUUCUUAUGCAAAUUUGGCACACAGGGGAGUGGCUUCGGACAGAUGGACCGCCCCUCCGGUGUGGCUGUGACGCCUGACGGAGUCAUCGUGGUUGUUGACUUUGGAAAUAAUCGCAUCCUCAAGUUCUAAAAAAAAAAAAAAGUUUAUUUUUGCAUUCUCUCCCUCUGUUUGCCCUUGCGCAGUUUUCUU